GGGCCUAAAUGGGGCAGCGUCGGGCACCGGUAAGACAGGACUAGACAGACAUGAGGUGGAGUGGUAGUCGGCAGAACAUGACUUCAGUCGAAUCACGGGUUAAAUUGAAAUCAGCUUACAGCAGGGCUAUACUCAUACUGAGUCAAGUAAACAAACAUGUUUUCUGUGAUGAGAAACGCGUAUAUCGGAGAAAGGAUAAGAAAACGUUUUCUCAUCUGUAAUAGAUGGGCGGUAUCCCACCCCUUAGCUAAAUAUGUAGCAAGUUUACGAGAUUUUCGAUACAUCUUAAUUUUAAGUGUCAAACUUGAUUCACAUUACAUAUAUGAAUUCUGCUUAAAACACCUUUGAUCCUCCUUCGCCCAAGGCCCGUAGCCAGAAAUUUAUUUAAAGGAUCUCGGACAGACACCUACAUACGCAAGCCGAAGCGAUAGGACUUGAAUUUUGGCGCUAGUAGCAGGAGAAACAAGAGGACGGGGACAAUAAACAAGUUUGCUGCUUAUCUGGAAUCCUUGUUCGAUACUAAGAAAUGGAAGUUGAGGAUGAUCUCGACAUCCUGACUUCCCUUCUAGAAGAAAAUAUUACAGAGGAGCCAAAAGUGGAUGAUUUGGAUGAUCUGUUUGAUAAUGAUGAUGACAAUGAGGAGGAACUUGAUGAUGGGCAAGUUGAGGAUGAAUCUGCCAAACACAAGGAAGACAUCGCCAUGCUCUUUGGAGAUGUGGACGACAUGGAGGAGGAGAGCAUGCAGAACGAGAAUUCAGACACAAAAGCAAGUGAUUCCCAUGAUAAAUCUAAGGAGGAGCUUGCAGCUGAGCUGAGGCGUAUGCAGGAGCAGAUGCGCAAGCUGCAGCAGAAGCUGGGGGCCUCGCAUAGCUCGGAAGCUUCCAGACCCAGCCAGAAUGCACUUUCUGUCCCGGGGGCCGAGAAGCAGGCCGGCUCCUCAGACAGUCCUGCGCCCUUGACACAGAGGAGCCACCCCACAAAGUCACAAGAGUCCGCCAUGACAGACCCCCUCCAAAAGAAGCAGCGAGUUAAUCACCAGACCAGACCAGGACCUGCAGCUGCUUCAGCUUCAGCAGUCAGUUACCUGGUAGGGCAGAAGAGUCAACUAAUGAAGCCCACCGAAGCAGCACAACCUGCCCCCCGCACAUCAGCUCCUCAUGACGCUACUGCAGAGAAGUUCUCCGGACUCAGGCUCAGGAGGCCACGUGUGUCCUCCAUGGAGAUGGAGCAUAAGAUGGCAGACCGUCGCCUGAUACGGCUGUCGCAGUUACCAGAACGGCUGGCUCGCGAGAAGCUUGAUGACACUGACUGGGUCACCUUUGCUGUGGUGGUCAGCAAAGUCACUCCACAGAGUAACAGCAGCGGCAAGACCUUUAGUAUUUGGAAGCUGAAUGACCUCCGGGACCUAGAAGUUUAUGUAAACCUGUUCCUGUUUGGAGAAGUUCACAAAGAACACUGGAAGACUGAUCCGGGCACCGUCAUCGGUAUCCUUAACCCAAAUCCAAUGAAGCCCAAGGAGGGGUCUGAUGGGCUGUGCUUGUCUGUGGAGCACCCGCAGAAGAUUCUGGUCAUGGGUGAAGCCCUAGACUUUGGCACUUGCAAGGCUACCAAGAAGAAUGGGGACCCCUGCAAACAGCUAGUCAACCUGCACGAGUGCCAGUUCUGCCAGUACCAUGUGAAGGCCCAGUACAAAAGCAUGAGCUCCAAGAGGGCGGAGCUGCAGUCCAGUUUUUCUGGCAAGGUUCCCGGGAAGGCUCGGGGAAAGGGCGCUGUUGGAUUGAAAGAGCGUCUGUGUCAAAGUGGGUUCCAUUACGGGGGGGUGUCAUCAAUGGCGUGUGCCACCUCUGUGUCAGGACCGCAACAGAAGAGACUCAAGCAGACAAGCCUGAGCAAUCUGUUUGUAAGAGGUUCGGACCAGAUCAUCAGUCAAGCAAGGAGUCUCGCCAUGACUUCCAGCGACGUCACUGGCUGCUCCGAUGACUUCAAAAGCCUGCUAUCAAUGCCGACGCCAGGAGCCCUCAACCUGAAGAAACACCUGCGGCAUAAUACGUCAGGAUCGGCCAACGCAGCGAGCCCUGGGAUCCAGUCUAUCUCGGCUGGCCAGCUCCUCAAGCAACAGAAGCAGCAGCUCAUGGAGGCCAGACGCAGGAAGUCUGAGGAAAUUCAGCAGAGGUUCCUCCAGAACUGUGACAAAGCUGCCCCAAAGAUGCCCUCACCAGAAGCAGUCAAGCAGUCCCCCACAGGACCGCGCCACACCCCCAAGCUGGGGCGUGGCUUCAGUGAAGGGCAGGACGUCCUGUUCUUUGACCAUCAUACACCAACACCUCCAACACUCAACUUAUCAGCUGCAAAGUUAGCAGCACUGAAAAAGCUGCGGCAAAAAGGAGCAGCACUGGCAAAAGACGACCCGAACUCCGUGAAGAGGAAAAGGCCGAACGUCAGUGACAUCACCAGCAGGGUGGAGCAGAACCGGGAGUCCCCUUCAGGUGGGUCAGAACCGGAGCUUGAAGAACCUGAGCUGAAGAGGCGCCGAGAGAACUUGGAGUACUUGCAGUCUGACGCUUUUCAGAAGAUCCUCAAUGCCAAAUCUAGACACUUGGGGGCAGUACAGGAUGCAGAAUUUCAGAUCCAGGAGAAGUACUUUGAACCCCUCGUGAAGAAGGAACAAAUGGAAGAGAAGAUGAGGAACAUCCGCGAGAUGAAAUGUAGGGCUGUUACCUGUAAAACGUGCAAGUACACCUACUUCAAGCCCUUGGACAGGUGUGUGGAAGACAAACAUGAGUACCGUUGGCAUGAUGCCCUGAAACGCUUCUUCAAGUGUCCCUGCGGGCAGAGGGCCAUUGCCCUGGACAGGAUGCCUCACAAGCACUGCAGCAACUGUGGCCUUUUCAAAUGGGAGCGGGAUGGCAUGAUAAAGGAAAAGUCUGGCCCGAAGAUUGGAGGAGAACUACUUUUACCCCGGGGAGAGGAGCAGCCCAAAUUUCUUAACAGCCUAAAGUGACUACUCUUCCGGUCAGAUGUCCAUAGCACUGUGGUAGCUGUGAUUGGCCAUCUUUGCUUUUGUUUGUUUUAGUGGUCGGGAAUAAUCAUCACUGCUCUGUUUUUCACAACAGUGCCAUUUUAGUGAAUGUGUUUUGUCAUCAAAUUAUGCGUCGUAAGAUUUCUAUGGUCUGAAACUGUGUGCUUUAUUAAAAUGAGCCAAGUGCACGGAUGGAUAUUUCUAAGAGGGUCAUCUCGUUUGUUAAAUGUAUGGAAAAGGCUGUAAGUACUUUCCCCCGAGACAUGGGAGGAGUGCGUUGCUGCUUAGCAGAUUAGGCCUCUGUGCCUGUGAUCGGAAGGUUGCUGGUUCAAAUCCCAUACUCUUGUGGAAGAUCGAUUACCCCCCUCAAAUCCAUCCACUCACCCAUUUUCUGCCACUUAUCUGGGGUCAGGUCGUGAAGACAGCAGUUUAAGCAGGGAUGAUGCCCAAACUCACCAACCAUCUCCUCCAGCUUGACUGGGGGAAUACCAAGCGUUUCCAUGCCAGCCGAGAGAUACAAUCUUUCCAGCAUGUCCUGGGUCUGUCCCAGGUUCUGCUGCCAGUUGGACAUGUCCGAAACACCUUCCUGGGGAAGUGUCUAGGAGGCAUUCUACAUAGAUGUCAGAACCACCUCAAACAACUCUUUGAUACGGAGGAGCAGCAGCUCUACUUUGAGCCCCUCCUGAAUGUCUGAGCUCCUCACCCUAUCUCUAAGGCUGAGCCCAUACACCCUAUGGAGGAAACUCAUUUCUGCUGCUUGUAUCCACACUUUCACUCUUUGGGUCACUACCCAAAGCUCUUGAUCAUAGGUGAAAGUUUGAACAAAAGAACAGAGUUCCACCUUAACUCUUUCACCACAACAGAAUGGAGCAGUGGUACAGUGUCCGCAUUACUGCUGAGGCUGCACUGGUCCUCCUUUUGAUCUCGCUCUCCCUUAUUCCGUCUUCUUGUGAAGACCCUGAAAUGCUGAAACGUAAAAGUACAAGGUUGCCUUGUACUUUGUAGUAAUUGCCACACUGCUGUGAUGUUUGGUCUGUUCUUUGUUAUAAAUAAAGCAUUGAGAAAUGUA